UGCAUAUCGCGCUCCUUACAAAGGAUAAAUUAGCAAUGCUUUCGGUUAAGAUCUUCCUUUUUGCCUUUCUGUUGACUGCAGCAUAUGCAGAUGAAGAUUUCGGAUAUGAUCAUAGUUACGAAGAAGAUUCUAAAGAACAAGAAAAGCCUUACCACUUUGGCUACGAGAUCGAAGACGCCAAUGGCAAACAACACCGCCACGAACACAAGGACCCUGAUGGUACCAUUAGGGGCAGCUAUGGAUUCGUCGAUGAUCACGGAGUCCACAGGGAAGUUCACUACGUUGCAGACGAUUUCGGAUUCAGGGCACAGGUGGUGACCAACGAGAAAGGCACUGAGAGCCAACAUCCAGCAGAUGUGCAUUUGCAUUCUUUAUAUUCUCCCCAUAAGGAUGUUUACGUUAAUGAACAGGAAGGACACCGUUACUGAGAUAUAUCUUCAAAUAUGAAACAAAUAUGAGUUACUUGGAGCUGCUGUAAACGAAGCUUGCGCCAAACUAUAGAAGCUGCCAAAACAUUGAAAGACACGAAGAAAUUCUAUAGAAGGGAGUUUCUUUUCAGAGAAGUGGAGGUCACUGAUUCAUGCUCAAAAUAUCAUCUGUUUUAUAAACUUCAUUUCUUAAAUUAACUACUAAAUCUAGACAUUAUUUGCGAAGUAUUCAUAUAUUAAUUUCUUUUAAUAGAAAUUUUGAUUUUCCGGAUAAAUUUAUAAGGUUUAUUUCUAUUAGUAAUUUUUUUAAAGAAUAGAAUUUUAUCAUAUGCAGAAUCUAAAAAAAUUAUCAUUAAAAGAAAGUUUAAGGAAAUUCA